UUCUCCACUCAUUCAGGAUUCAGGCCAAUGUUUUACCUCUACAGCCUGAAUGGUUCCUCUUUUUCAUCAUGAGAUUUACGUGUAGGUACGCUGAAGAACACUCCACCACCCUGACGUCUACCUCCAUCCUCACCAGCACCAACCGUCCCGUUCAGCUGUAAUCUCUGUGAGGCAAACUCAUUACUUUUCUGUUUUAAAUGAAAAAAAAAACAAACAAACAGAAGAAAGUCUGCAGUUGUUUGAAUAAAAGCAAAGCAGCUCAAAGCAGCAGCUGGGGGGGUAACCCCAUGGUGGGGGCAUGUGUGAACAGGCGUUGGGUCUGUCUCUGCAGCCAAUUACGCCAAGAUGAGUAAGAGGCAGCUCACGCAGAAGCCGUGCUUGAGUGUGUUAUUCUUCUCUUCCAUGUGAAUGGCUGUUAACAAAGACCCAAUUCUUUUUCUAAUUACGGUAAUGGAGUGAGAGCCCGCUGGAUGGGCAGUGACAGGUAGAGGGCCCCCCCCCAGGGGGUUCGGGGAGUCAUGAGAGAAGGACCUCUGUGGUUGAUUGGCACGACAGCAGAAGAUAAAAAGCUCUGGCUUGGCUGUCAGAUCCAUUAGCAGCCAGGUCAGGUCUGAGGAGCACGCAGUGACAGCUCUGUGCUCCACGUUCAGCAGCAAGACGCAGACAGAGGAGCUGAAGAGCAAACGCUUCACGCCUGCAGCUCCUUACAGAAAACCAAGCAGAGCUCCAGCUGCCAUGACCCUGCUGAGCAGGCAGCCUCAACGGAGGUCUGGGCUGGCUUUGAGCUGGCUCCUGCUCAGCUGCUGCCUCCAGGCAAAUCCCUGCAAACGCGUGUCAGCAGUCAACCUGCGCAGUUUCAUUGGCUGUGCCGUUCGUGAGUUCACCUUUCUGGCCAAGAAACCUGGCUGUGGGGGUAUGCACAUUACCACUGAUGCCUGCUGGGGGCGCUGUGAGACCUGGGAGAAGCCAGUCCUGGAGUUUCCCUUCAUUGAGUCCUUUCAGCGGGUUUGUACUUACAAUAAGACGCGUCUGGUCACUGUGAAACUCCCCAAAUGCAGGCCCCACGUUGACCCGACCUACACGUACCCCGUGGCCCUGCGGUGCGACUGCGGGGUGUGUCUGACCAGUACCACUGAAUGCAUCGCCUCUGUCUGAAGCCGUUAUCUGCACGCUCUCCUGCUAGCUUACAGCCCCUCACAACCCCAACCUAACAAUACCAGUGCAACUAAAAUGGCGAGCAAUGUUUGAGCUAUCCAGUCAGACAAGCAAAAGAACGACGUUCAUGCAUCAGAAUGGAGCGGAGCAGGGAGCUCAUGCCCCUUGGACUGUAGCACCCACGCCACACCUGCAGGCCUUUUCAAACUGCAUUUUUCUGUCUGCUCCUAAUUCACAACUUUUUAAAUAAAGGAAUACUCAG